ACAACUCUUUUAAACACUCUGAUGAUGUUUACAAUGAAUAUUUAACACAAAAGGUUUGUUCUUAUUUCCGGGUCAAAAGACUAAUGUCUACUGAGCAAAAGAAGCGUCUAUUCCCCGUCGACAUCACGUGAUAUAUGCACUGAAGACGUCUACACAACGUGGUCGUUCUCCAGUCCAUGGACCACUAAACCAAAAGACGUCCAUAUACCUCGUGUCGUCUGAUGUCGACAUAAUGCGUUGCUGCUGUUUGCAGCUGGCCAAUUCGAGCCCUAUGUGCUAUUGCUGUUGCACUUAUAAUUUAGUAGAUCCGGCGAAUACUCUCAGUUGGUUCGGCCUACAGCAAUCAGGUAAUGUACAUGUUAACAAGUUACACUUGAGUGACGUGCACCCGUACCAAGUCUAGCCUACCCUUUUAAUGCAUACACAACGUAAAUGAUCUAAAUUCCUUUGAAAAUACAAAAUAUAUAGUCAUAAAGGUUGCAUAGAGAGAAUAGAUGAUAGUAAAAGAUCAUGGCGACUCGAUGUCAAGAUAACUACCGUUGCUUUUGGUGUAUGCUGGAUCCAGUCACUAAAUAUGUCACUCAGUCAACCCGGGUUUAAUUGUGUUGACACGAAUGGAUGAAAGAACAGUGUCAACACAAACGAAUAAAUGGGGUGUCAACACAAACGGAUAAAAGGGGUGUCAAUUCAAAUGGAUAAAAAAACAUAACAGUGUCAACACAAACGAAUAAAUGGGGUGUCAACACAAACGGAUAAAAGGGGUGUCAGUUCAAAUGGAUAAAAAAACAUAACAGCGUCAACAUAAAAUAAUGAAAGAACAACACAGUGUUUGCACGAAACGAAGGAAGUGUGAAUAGAAAUUUACGGCAAAACCCAACUUGACAUAACAAUGCACCAGACAAAAAAAAAAGAGAAAAAAAGAGAGCAUAAAAUAGGAACUGCAUGAGAAUUUUAAUGCUUCGCUAUAUGAAAUACGGAUGGAAAAGUUGAACUGAUUAUUGAUUUUAAUACUUUUUGAAUGCGGCACAUCAAUUUCGAAGAUAGAUAUAAACUUUCAAAAGAUAAACAUGCUUAACAUUUCUAAUAAAGCCUGCUGUUAUGUAAAGACUGUUGAUAUCAAAACACUAAAGUCAACUACGGCACCACCGUGACAUUCAGUUCAGAAGACAACCCAUUACAUACGGAUACAUAAUAUAGACCGAUAUCAUGCUAAUACGUCCUUAAACUUAGUUUUAUCAAGAUCAACGACAACACGAGAAUAGAUAACAGUUACAUGUCAACCUAUCAUAUAUACAUGUGUGCCUAUUUAUAGAAUAAAUUUGUCAGGGACGAGUCCGUAUUUAGGUAGUAAGUACUCAUACACAUAAAAAAGACAUGCUUGCUUGCAAGUUUUAAAAUGGCAUAUUUUAAAACAGAAACAAAAAGCAGAUCAAAGAAAGAUUGUUGACUAACACAUAAAUUGUAUAUGCUAUGUAGAUAUAACGAUAUUUAGACUUCCAUAUGAUAAUAAAUAUACGCAAUUCGAAAGCGGAAGUAACAUUGACUGUAGGCAGGGUCUAUUGUUUACGGGAAAUGAGGCUGACCUCAUUACAGUGAUUCGGGUAUUACGUUACACUCUUCACUACAUCAUGCACCGUAUAUCACGUCAAUUCCAGGGCAACAUACCAUUUUAAUAUUCUGAUGCCUACUGUUCACAAUGGACAGUGUCCACUUUCGGAAAGCAACAGCUUCCGACUACAACGAAGUUGUAUCCCUACGAACCCACCUCUACAAUGGCAUGGACUACCUGCCCAGUCAAUACCAUCGCCUAUUAGAAAACCAUAUCGGAUAUUGUGGAUGUAUUGGCAACCAGAUGGUGAGUUUUAUGUUUGCUGCUCUUAUCGAUGAUGAAGAGACUAUCGUUAUUCGCGCAGCUAGAGUGAAGAAGGAAUACGAGAACAAAGGAAUCUACACGAAAAUGAGGCAAUAUUGUCUACAUAACUCUUCGAAAACUGUAAGAAGAGAAUCGUUUACGCUGUUUUCGUCUGAUCACAGGGAUAGUGCCAUUCUGAAAGGAGGACAACUUGUUUGGCAAAGGGGAAGAAUCGUCCUGGUUGCUGAGAACAGGACUAUUCAGACGAUACUCCAAUCUGUUUCUCUUCCUGACGCGCUGAGAAUAGUUGAUGACCGCUCUCUUGCGGAGCUCUUCUGCUCCUCGGAAUCGACACGUCAGCUAUUUCCCGAGGAUUUCAUAGUGGUCAAUUCUGUUCCGUACAAAAUCCGGAUGUUCAACAUUUCCCAUUUCCUGACCUCUGACCGGAGUAUGUAUGCUAGUUAUCCUAAAUAUAACGAACAACGACAAAUACCUACACCGACCUUGGUUUCUAUUGCAAACAAAUAUAGAUGCGAAGCUGGGACACGGUUUAAUGUAGAUUUCUAUGGCGAUGUUUGUAAAGAAGAGGAGGUUUCUGACCAUAUUUUCUUGCAAAUGAAGAGAUACUUAUCUGAGAGUGAUGACGAGAUAUUCAUGUACGUAACGUUUCCACUGCAUACGAAAGAUGGAGUACUACUCGAUGUACUGGAACGGUUUUCGUGGAGAGUAAUGCGGAGGGGAUUUCAAUACGGUGUUGAACAUCACGCACAUCUGAAUUGACUCUAAGUGUCGUACAGAGUCAGGACCAAUUAUCGUGAUAAGCCAAAUAGCAUCAAUGGUAUUGGAAUGCCAGACUGAUUUUGACUGUUCAAAAAAAAUUUAAAAUUUGAUGAUUACAUUA